GGCAGGCUGGGGCCUGGCCCACGGAGGCCGAUGGAAGGCGGUGGCCGAAGAGCCAUGCCCCUUGUCGAGGGCAUGCUGUGGGUCUCGCGCCUGUCUGUCCCGCCGCCGCCGCGGCCGCCGUCACCACUCUGCGAGCCCAUCUGAAGUUAGACUGGCUACGUUUCAAGGGCUCAACAGUCACAACUGAUAGCGGCUACCGCAUCGGACCAUGCAGAGCUAGAUGGGGAGGCAGGAAAGAAAUCAAGUGGAUUUCACACCAAGUGGUGAAAAGUGUUAACCCUCAAGGCGCCGGAGGAGGAGGACCAGCCUGCACUAUGAAUCCGUGGCUCCUGGUCUGCCUGGUGGCCUGCUUCGUGGGUGCCUGGGCUCCCACUGUCCACGCUCAAGGUGCUUUUGAGGACUGCUGCCUGGCCUACCACAGCCCAGCAAGACAGUCCAUGCUCCGGUACGCCCAGAGUUACCAUCGCCAGGACGUGAGCGGGAGCUGCAACCUGCCUGCGGUGAUAUUCUUCUUCCCCCAGAAAAACAAGAUGGUGUGUGGGAAGCCAGGGACCAGGUGGGUGCAGAUUGGGAUGAAGAUCCUGGAUGCUCGGAGGAAGACCCAGUUAAAGCCCCACCACGGCACCCGGAGAAACUUUCAAGUCCCUCAUUCUGGGGUGAGGAAGUUGAGCUCUGGAACCUCCACGCUACCAUUGUCGAAGUGUAGCGGUCCCACCAGAAGCAGCAAGAGGAAAACCUCCCUCCUGACAACAGCUAAUCCAGCUCACAGGAAACAUCCAGGCCAGGCCCACCUGUGAAUGUCUGCAGGAAGGAAGAAAUGAACACAUCCCCUCCAGAAGCUGACCAGAACAAGGAAAUUGGUUUGACUUUACUCCCUCCCCUUUUUGUAUAAAAGAAGCCUGAAUUCUAACUCAGGCAAGAUGGUUCUUUGGGGCACGA